UCCGUCGUUGUACAUACACACUCUCACAACACACUCCAAUCUAACUAUCAUGUCUGGCAAAGUCGGCGGAAAGGCCAAGUCUGGUGGCAAAGCCUCUGGUGAAUCAUCAUCCAAGUCUCAAUCCCGUUCAGCCAAAGCCGGUCUUCAAUUCCCCGUCGGUCGUGUUCACCGUCUCUUGAAGAAAGGAAACUACGCACAGCGUGUUGGUGCUGGCGCACCUGUCUACCUUGCAGCGGUACUAGAGUAUCUGGCCGCUGAGAUUCUGGAGCUUGCCGGUAACGCAGCACGCGACAACAAGAAGCAACGUAUCGUUCCUAGACAUUUGCAACUCGCCAUCCGAAAUGACGAAGAGCUGAACAAACUCCUUGGAGACGUCGUCAUUUCACAGGGUGGUGUCGUUCCUUUCAUCAACCCCGAACUGCUGCCCAGUAAAAGUGCAAAGGGCAAGAAAGAGAGCCAGGAAGUAUAAUCUUAUUAUUAUUCGAUUUAUUUUCGGUGUUCGGUGUAGGAUGUAUUUGUAUUUUUUCUAGUAAUCAUUUUCUUUUCACUCUGGAAUACAUCUCGUUGAUCCUA